UCCGAGGACCAGAUACGAGCAACCGUGGGGCUGCUUAGCUCCGCUCACACACACAUAUACACACACACAUACACAUAUAUACACACAAACACACACCUCGGGUUGUGUUUUUUCCCCCCUCCAACGGCUCCGCGGCUGCCUAACCUCGGCUCUUCCUGGAAACCAUGGUGGCUAAAAACAGAAAACAGACCGGGAAGAGUCCAGCGACCCAGGCUGACCGCGACAAGAGCCCGCUUGUUUCGCCCCCUGGCAAAAGUAACAUCAGGCGACCAGGCAGGGAGGGCAAAGCUUUCACCGGCUCUCAUCCAAACGGGCUCUCGGGCAUCAGACACAAGCUUGGGCUAACUCCCUCUGCAGUCGUGAAGCUGGGAAUCACUCUUCUCCUCGCUGCUUUGACUGGAUAUCUGCACUGGUAUCACCUCUCACAGCUGUUUGAGAAUGACAGACACUUUUCACAUCUGUCAAACCUGGAGAAGGAGAUGGCUUUUCGGACAGAAAUGGGUCUGUACUAUUCCUACUACAAAACCAUUAUUGAGGCUCCCUCUUUCCUGGACGGCCUCCACAUGGUCAUGAACGAUCGGCUGACAGAGUAUCCCCUGGUUAUUAACACACUGAAGAGAUUUAAUCUCUAUCCAGAGGUGGUCCUGGCCAGCUGGUACCGGAUGUACACAGGUGUAAUGGGCUACUUUGGGAUUCCCACGAAGAUGUGCUGGUCCAUCAACAGAGGAGAGGGACUCACUCCUGUGGAUAGCUGCGAAGGCAUGGGUGACCCGGCAUAUUUCUACGUGGCCUGCGUGUUCCUGCUGAACGGCGUGAUGAUGAGCCUGUUCUUCAUUUACGGCGCCUACCUCAGUGGCAGCCGGCUGGGCGGUAUUGUUACCACAAUGUGUUUCUUCUUCAAUCACGGCGAGAGCACCCGUGUGAUGUGGACUCCACCGCUGAGGGAGAGCUUUGCUUACCCAUUCUUAGUCCUGCAAAUGCUGCUUCUCACCUACAUCCUACGGACACGGAACCCGAGCAGGACGGCCAUGGUCGCUCUGGGCAUCUCCAAUUUGUGCUUCAUGCUGCCUUGGCAGUUCGCCCAGUUUGUGCUGCUCACUCAGGUGGCUUCUUUGUUUGCCUCCUACAUCCUGGGUUACCUCGGCGCCGCCAAGAUGCAGUCCAUCCUGGUCACUCAUAUGAUCACGCUCAGCGUCUGCUUCAUCCUGAUGUUCGGUAACUCCAUGCUCCUCACGUCCUUCUACGCCUCCUCGCUCGUCUCCAUCUGGGCGAUCGUUGCACUGAGGGAUCGGUUCGCUCAAGUUUUCAGACCCGGCAUCGUCAUCUGGGUGAUGCAGGUGAUGGCGUGGGUCGGCUCCACAGUUCUGCUCAAAUUCAUGUUGUCCACAGUCCUCGGCGCCUCUGAUGAUGCUCACAUCAGUGGACUGAUCAAGUCAAAGUUCACCAGCUACAAGGAUUUCCACACUCUGAUGUACACGUGUGCUGCAGAAUUUGACUUCAUGGAGUUGGAGACCCCUGUACGUUAUCUCAAAACGUUGCUGCUGCCCAUCAACAUGCUGGUGGUUGCUCUCAUUGCUGUCAGGACCAUCCAGGACGUAGUCCGCUUCCUGAGGGACGGAGGGAAGGCGUCUGGCAGGAGCGACGAUGCUGAUGAAGCUGCAGGGUCUGAGAUAGCUGCAAAAGGAGAGCUGGUGUACCACAGUCUGCAGCUGGUGGCAUUUGCUGUCCUCGCCAUCCUCAUCAUGCGUCUGAAGCUCUUCCUGACCCCGCACAUGUGCAUCAUGGCCUCGCUCAUCUGCUCCAAACAGUUGUUUGGCUGGAUCGGGGAGAGGUUUAAGCACCAGAUUGUGGUGUUUGCCGUCAUGGCCGUCAUGGCUGUUCAGGGAGUGGCCAACCUGCAGGCCCAGUGGGGUAUCAUCGGAGAGUUCAGCAACCUGCCGCAGGAGGAGCUGCUGGACUGGAUCCAGGACAACACCCGUACUGAUUCUGUGUUUGCGGGAGCGAUGCCCACCAUGGCCAGUGUGAAGCUGUCCACAGGUCGACCCAUCGUCAACCAUCCCCACUAUGAGGACACUGGUCUGAGGGAGAGAACCAAGCUCGUCUACUCCAUGUACAGCCGCAUGUCUGGAGAAACGGUGAAGAGGAAUCUGAUGAAGCUGGGGGUGGACUUCUUCGUCCUGGAGGAUUCCUGGUGCACCAGGCGAACCAGGCCCGGGUGCAGCAUGCCGGAGAUCUGGGACGUUGAGGAUCCCCAGAACGUUGGUAAAAUCCCCCUCUGCACCCACAUGUCCAGGAACUCACGCCCCCACUUCACCACAGUCUUUUCUAAUGACAUUUACAAAGUUCUCAAAGUCCCCAAAGUCACCAAAGACCUCAGAUAACAGCGCUGGAUGGGCCGGUCCAGCACCAAACGUCUUCUUUCCACCACUUCUUUUUUAUAUUCUUUUUUUUUUUUUUUUUUUUUUUUUUUUUUUUUUUGGUCAGUCACUGCCGUUGCUGCUUUUUACCUCCCAAAACUCAAACCGGUUCCCCCUUUUUUCGCGGUGCUUAGAUUCAUUGAGUGGUGGACAGGUAACAGGUUGGAUAUGCCAAAACAAUCUGCCAUGAGUCUCUCCGCUCUUGGUAACCUCAUGGUUCUCAGUAUUUCCCUGUUCCCCACAUUUUUGCCAAUCAUCCUUCUCGCCUUGCUUCGUCAUCCGGCGACGUCUCCCAUCAUGCUCCAGUCGGUACCCAAGUGAAAGCCAAAAGGUGUUGUAGCUCCUCGUUUAGCUUGUUACAUUAGUUCUGUUACAAACAGCCCUUAUUUGAAGAGAAGCUGUUCAAACUUCAUUUUUCACUUUAUGUAAUAACGUUUCUGUGACUUUCGCUUAAGAAGUAAAUUUUGUCUGGCAGGACCAAUCGAUGAUGUCCACAUACUGUGAAGCAAUACCCUUUGCAAACUUGACAAAAGCUGACUUCUUCUAUCGUCAUGCACAGUGUUGAUCUGUGAAAAAAAAAAAAAAAUGAUAUCAGAUUUUUUUUAUAAUUUAUUUGUGUGAAUAUUUUUAUGGAAAUUUUCUUUUGAAGCCAACAGUGUUUUAAGAGUCUUGAGAAUCACAGAGAAAAAUUCAGUUUAUUGUGUUUGGAAGCUUUUAAAAUCUUUUUAAUACAUAUCAUUCAGCAUCAGUGUCCAGCUCCGCUCCACUCAAGAAUAAUUCAGUUAUAAACUGUUUUGUUUUUUGUGGCCAAACAUUGUAAAAAAAAAAAACAAAAAAAAAACAGUAGUUUUAACCUAACUGUGCCCUGUUACAUCAUCUUUGUAAAUACGCAAACUGUUGUUUUGUACAAUACCGACAUACGGCCUUUAAAAGGUUCUUUGUGUUUUUCUUGAAUUAUUGUUUAUUGCCAAAGGAAAGUCUUGUGAUCAAAGCUGGGUGUUCGGGGUUCUGUAGCAUCAGUGUGUGAGUUCUGUUACAGCCAAUCCAAACUAUUCGUAGCAGUGAAUUUAAUGUAAUUGGUAACAGGUGUUUGGUUUGUCCUUGUUUUGGUUUGGGUCACAAUGAUGAAUGUUUAUUAUUUUAAGAAAUAUGAUUAAUUCGCUUCCUUGCCGAGAGUUGAAUGAGAAGAUUGUUACAACUCAUGUCUGUAAGGUAAAUGUGAAGUUACAGCUGGCGGGGCUUUUAGGCAAUUCAAAGUGCUUUACAGAGGCAUAUAGUGUUAAGAUGACAGUACAAUAGCAUUUAAAAACAAUAAAAACAAAUUUGAAUAAAUAAAAGUAUUUAAAGAAGUCAAAUCAAGAUUGCAUAAAAUCUGGUAAGAAACUGAGGACACCAUUUGUGAUAGAAGACAUUAAAAACAAGCAAAUGCAAACAUGGCACAAGUUUAAAAAGAUGUAAUAUAUGUGAUUUAUUGGCAAAUAUUAACGUUUUAAAGGAGCUGUUUGUAAGAUUUGUUAUUGCUAUAUAGCUAACCUUAGCAUCAACAGCUGUUAACUUCAGCAACAAACUUCAUUCCUUUUAUCGCCAAGAGCUGCCUCCAGUGGUGGAA